AUAUCCACGAGGAUUUCACUGAUGGUCAGCUUUUUUGUACUGAUAGAUAGGGAAAAAACGACGCAGUUACUCCAAACGAAGGUUCUUCCAACUUGCAAGGGCUUCUUCAAUAGCAGGACUAUUAAGAGAGUUGAAACGAGCACAAUUGCAGUUGACAAAAAAAUUACUAGCCAUCUCAUGGAUGAAUAGGGGCACGGCAAAUAGCGGCAAAGCUAGGAGUAAACACCCGUCUCGUUUGAUGCUUUGAGUUGCAAACUAAAUUGAAGAAACGUGCAACGUAAAGGGGAUUCACGCGCAUGAGAAAUACACCUACAUAGGACAGUAUGCCCCAUUUCUGUUUUUCCAUUUUGUGAUUUCCUCUUUUUUUUUUUUUUUUGCUGAACAUUUUUAGUUAAUGUAAAAAGUGCAUGAACAGGUCAGCAAAAAAAAAAAAAAAAAAAAAAAUGAACGAAGAAGGUGAUUUAAAUGUUUUUAAAAAGGACGAAGUUCCCGCAAAGUCCAUUGAAGGGUGGAUUAUCAUCAUCACGAACAUCCACGGAGAAGCAAGGGACGACUACAUAAAAGACGUUUUUGAAAAAUAUGGACAGAUAAAAAAUUUGCAUUUAAACUUGGACAGGCGGACGGGAUUUUUAAAAGGCUAUGCAUUUCUCGAAUUUGAAAAUUUUGUGGAUGCGAAAAGGGCCAUUGAUGAAAUGGACGGCGCAACGUUGCUCGAUCAGGAAAUUCACGUGGAUUGGGCAUUCGUGCAGGAAAAAAAUAAGAAUUAAAUUUUUCCUCACCCUCCCCAUAUGCUGAUACAAAUGUGUGAAGUGAUUUGCUCUGGGUCGCUUCCCCCACGUAUACACCUCCCCUGCCAAACCGUUUCCGGAUGGACGCAAGGAAAUUCUUUUACGUCUAACGGAAAGCUCCACCUGUAGAAGGCCGCAUGUGUAAAUUUAUCCCCAUCACCACCUAGGCCUUUUCAGCUUUGUCGCAAGUCGAAUAAUCGCAAUUGUAACCGAUCGCGCGUUCCUGAUGGGCGAGACGGCCAUUAAAACACGAUCAGCACAUCCCAUAAAACAUACUCUUCGCUAAAAAGUAGCCUCUUCUCAAUUUUUCUUUUUUCUUCAAACCGUUUUGCUACUCGCAAAAGGUGUCGUAGCGGCAUAAUUGCACACGUUAAGAGGUCGGG